AUGUUGAAAUUUCUUGGGCUGUUAGCCUUAGCCUACACCAUAUCCUGCCAAGAUCCACCAGGAGCUGCACCAACGGCCGCUGAAAUCCUUGCACAAAACAUUGAUGGACAAACAGUUCAUGAAUUUCGUGGAUAUUAUAAAAGAGAGAAUUCAUUGGUGAAACCAUAUACUGGCGGAGGAAUGGAUAUUCCAAAUUGGAAUAUUAUUGGUAACACUUUUGUUACAUCUUCACAUAUUCGACUUACUGGCGAUGAACAGAGUAAACUUGGAGCCAUUUGGAACACACAGGUCAGUUUUUUUUCAGAAUUACCUUGAAAUAUCUGCUUGUUUUAGCCACUUUGGGCGCGUGAUUGGGAAGUGCAAGUUUCGUUCAAAGUUAGUGGAAGUACUGGUGAUUUGUUUGGAGAUGGUAUGGCUAUUUGGUAUGUGUCGGAGCCAAAUCAAGUUGGACCAGUAUUUGGAGGAAAAGAUUACUUUAGAGGAUUGGGAGUUUUCCUAGACACAUACAGUAAUCAUAAUGGUCCACAUCAGGUAAUUUUUGAAAUAAAAUCUGCAAAACAUAACAUAAUUAUGGGUUUAUAGCAUGGACAUCCAUUCAUCUCAGCUAUGGUUUCUGAUGGAAGUCUUCAUUACGAUCACGACAAAGAUGGAACACAUACUCAACUUGGAGGAGAAGAUACUGGAUGCUCCGCUAAAUUCAGAAACAAAGAUCAUGAAACACAACUUCUUAUUAGAUAUGUUGGAGAUACUCUUUCGGUUAGUUUCCAAACAAGAAACUUUGAAGAAUUGUUGUGAUAUGGGACAUUUUAGAUCUUUACUGACAUCGAGAACAAAGGAACGUGGAAAUUGUGUAUGAGUGUGAACGAUGUUCAACUUCCUACUGGAUAUUAUCUCGGUUUCAGUGCCGCAACUGGAGAUUUAUCUGAUGCUCAUGAUGUAAUUGGAGUCAAGACAUUUGAACAGGAGUUUGCUCACGUUGAAAGAGCUGGAGAGGUUAGUGUUUAUUGAGAUUUUGAUAGAAAGAAGAUCAAAAAUAGGUGUAUGGUUAAAAAUACCAAAAGAUAAUAUUCUUAGGAUUUCUUCAGUUUGAAACAUUUAGUGUGCCUAUUAUGUAGAAAAAUGUUAUCUUAACUUACCGGAUAUUAAAAAAUGAGUUUAAUACAGUAUUCUUGGUGAAGCAUGAGAUUACUGUAAUCAUAUGGUAAAGUUGCUGUAUUCAUUUUCAGUCUCAAUAUUUCAUGAUUCGGUGUGUACAUAUCUCACUCAUCAGAAAUACUUUCUAAAUAUCUGAAAAAUGUUCAAAAACCACAAAUUAUUUUGCAGGCUGAUCGUCGAAAUGUUGUGCCACAUGCUCAAUUCACAACUCCACCUAGAGAUCAUUCUGAUGAUGCAAGACCUUCGAAACUUGGCUGGUUUGGAACGAUUGCUCUAAUCAUUAUAGGAAUAGUGGUGGUUGUUGGUGGAUUAGGAUUUGGUGUACUUUAUUUCCAAAAGAAAAAUGAACGUCAACGUAAACGAUUCUAUUAG